AUGCCCGUCUACUUAGUUCAUGGCUUUCGCUGGCCACGGGAGGGCUUCACUGGGAUCCGAGUUCACGCUGUACUCCACAACCUGGACGAUACAUCGGUGGAAUAUAUCCAGAACGAGCAAAGUAAGGCCGACAUUCUAGCUUCUUUCCACAAAGCCUUCCCAGACAUCAUGAAAGAGCUUGAUAGUCCCGGUCGGAACCUCGAAUUCAUUGAACAGUACAACCCAGAAGACACAGAGAGCGUCCAUGCGGUCAGUCAGCCUUAUGCUUAUGUCGGUGACAAGGUCGUGACGAUUGCGGCAAACCCUGGCGAAGGGACUGGCUUGUCAUCGGGACUAGGGCAAACAGGCCCAGCCAGCCCUGCUACGGUUGACUCGACCAAGGCUGUCGUUGGGAGCUUGAAGAAGCCCAACACGCCACGUAUUGCGACUCUCGAACCCACUGCUCUCAGUAUGAAUGUUGAAGAAGUAAUUUCAGAAGGACCAGGUUUGACAAACCGUGCUUGGGAGGCGCUGGCUGACUUGCGAGAUAAAAUUGCAAGUGGAGAGAAGAUCGGUUGGUGGGUUGUAUAUAACGGCGACCCAGCCCGCUCUUUUGAUGAUUACGAUGAUGACGAGGACUAUGAUGAUGAGUACGAUGAUUAUCAAAUGGAAGACGUUGAGGAGCAAGAACAACAGGGGGCGAAGGGGGACAUUGAACCGCGGGCGCAAAAGCAACCGCAGCAGCCACCACAACAACGAAUCUCACCUGUCCGUCAACAGCAGCAACAACAGGCGCCCCAAGCCAAAUCAGCAUUAGUCAGCCCAACAUCAACCUCAGCCUCAACUAUUCGCCAACAACGCGUCGCACCUCAAAGCACUACACAAGACGACGUCCACCCAGAAUCAUACGUAACCUCACGUACCUCACAAGUCCCCACAUUUCCUCCUCUCCCACACAUCGCUUCCCAGCAACUUCCACAGCCUCAAGGCGAUUUGACAGCCUUACCGGUACGGUCUGCUGGUGGUGAUAGAAGCAGUGCAACAGGUCUAGGGACGGGCACCUCGACGAAACCAUCCGUAGUGUAUCCUCCGACACAACCACUGGAAGUCACCGCACAACAGCAGCAGCAGCAGGGACGUGGGGACAAAGACAGGUUCGUCCGGAAACCGGCCCAGCAGGCAGGUGAAGUCAUACCCCCACCGAAGGUCAAGGAGGCGGCAAAGCCGCAGGGCCUGAGGAAGAAACUCUUUGGAAAGCGGUCGUGA